AUGAACAAGUAUAUUCAAUUAUUUAUUUUCUUUGUUCUUUUUAUAGUUUUUAUUAAAGAUGUUGAAUCCUCAUCAUCCUCAUCAUCCUCAUCAACAUCAUCAUCAUCAUCCUCAUCAACAGAACCAAUAUCAUAUGAUGGAUGGAAUCUAAUUUUUCAAGAUGAAUUUGAAGGUGAUUCAUUAGAUUUAUCAAUUUGGAAUGAAAUUUCCCAAUCAUAUGAUUACAAUGCUGAAUUGGAAGAUUAUAUUCCUGAAAAUAUCAUUGUUGAAAAUGGUUAUUUAAAUAUUAUUGCCAAACAACAAGAAUAUCAAGGUCAUAAUUAUACAUCAGGUAAAAUUACAUCAUCAGGUAAAUUUAAUACAACAUUUGGUAGAUUAGAAGCAAGUAUUAAAUUACCAUAUGGUCAAGGAUAUUGGCCAGCUUUUUGGUUAAUGCCAGAGACAAAUCUAUGUUGGCCAACAGGUGGAGAGAUUGAUAUUAUGGAGAAUUUAGGUCAAGAUGAUACAAUCUAUGGUACAUAUCAUUAUAGUACACAAUGUAAUCAAAAUGAAGAAAGUGGAGGUAAAACUAUCACUGAAUCAUUUAGUUCAGAUUUUAAUUUAUAUAGUGUUAUUUGGGAUUCAAAUCAAAUUAUUUGGAUGAUUAAUAAUAUUCCAUAUUUUAAAAUUGAACCAACAACUGAAUUACCAUUACCAACAACAACUCCAUUUUAUAUAAUUUUUAAUGUUGCUGUAGGUGGUGAUUGGGGUGGAAAUCCAAUUGAUUCAACCAUUUUCCCUCAAAACAUGACUGUUGAUUAUGUUAGAGUUUAUAAGAGAUUGUAA